AAUAAAUGACAAAGAUGAAGUAGAGAAAAAGAAUAGCACGCGGGCCACUGAUUGCGAAGUGACACAGGCAUGCUUUCUUUUCAAAGUAUCCCAAAUAGUUAUAAUCUAAUUAAAUUAUAUUCUGCAUAGGGAUUGCUCUUUGUAAUGUUGCUCUCAGGAAUUAACAAGGAAGGGAACAAGUGAACAAAUGCAGCCUACUCAAGACAUUGAAUUAGCACAAAUGUUCGACACCGAAGGGGGGGAAACUAUAGGGGACAACUUGGCAGAUUCAAAUGUACGAGCCGACAAAGAUGAAGAGGAGAAAAAGAAGAGCACACAGUCCACUCAUUCCGAGGUGGCAAAGAUUUAUUUUCUUUUUCAACUAUGUCCUAAAUAAAUAGUUCUAAUGCGAAAGUCAACUUUUCUCAGGAAAUAACCUUCAAGGAAACAAGUGAACAAAUGCAUCAAGUUCAGGACGAGGAAUUAGAACAGACAUGGGGCACCGAAGGGGCAGAAACUAUAGGGGAUAAUCUGGCAGAUUCAAAUGGAAUAGCCGGCAAAGAUGAAUUGGAGGAAAAUAAGAGCACGCAGUCCACUGAUUCUGGACUCUCCGAAGUGACAGAGGAAUUAACAGACAACGAAACAAGUAAACAAACGGAGGCAUGUGGGGAUGAAGAAUUAGAACAAACGUCCGGCAGGGAAGGGGCAGAAAUUAUAGGGGACAAGCUGCCAAUGCCCGCGCAAACAUGGAAGCCUAUCGGACUACAUAACAAACCUAAGAAGGCACGAGACUACGUGGUGGCUCCAGAAGGCACGGACAAAUCUUUCUAUGCCCUGGUUUUGCUACAUUUGUUUUCCUCGUUAUUAAUAAAUGUUAUUACUUACAUCAUGAUAGAUUACGCCUGCACCGGCGAUGAUUGGUCCGUGAUUGAAAAUAUCAUGUCUGUACCAAAUGAUAAAAGAACUUUAAUAUAUGUUCCAGUAAACAUUGAAGACUUUCAUUGGUACCUAGCAGUUAUAAAUAGCGGGGUGCGACGUAUCCAGGUGCUCGACUCGCUAGGCCCAGGAAUGAACCGCAAAGACCUCACUGCUAUGCUCGAAGGACUGGAAAAUGUAUUCCAAUAUGCAUCACUUCAAAUUGAACUAAAAUUUGAUAAGUGGAAAGACAUAAACAUUACAGCAUGGCCAAGGGAAGAAUGUAUUAAGAGCAGUCUGCAGACAGAUGGGUCAUCUUGUGGUCUGUGGAUGAUAAAUUUUAUGGAGUACUUCACUGGAAAUGAUUUGUCUGACACUCCUACGCAGGAGCGAAUGGGUGAAAAGCUCUGA